AUGGAGGCGUCCGAGAAGCCAAUCGCUACGGCUACAGUUGACGAACCUGUUAAACCUUCGUCGCCGGCCCAGGACCAGCAAACCGAAGACAAUGGAGAUGGGAAACAACCACCUCCGCUGAUUGCCAAGUUAAUCGCCGUCUUGCUAAUCUCCUGUAUUAGUUUUGGUUCGUCAUGGAGCUCUGGUGUCACAGGUGCUAUGAAAAGCACCAUUAAGAAGAAAAUGAACAUCUCGAAUACCCAGUUCUCUCUUCUCGAAGCAAGUGAAGACUUCAUGGUAACCCUGCUCAUGCUGGGUAGCGGCAUUGUAACUGAUCGAGUGGGAGGGGCCGGGUCCAUUCUAGUUGCUGCCGCGACUACUGUUCGGUCGUUUAACUUUAUGGUCGGAGGAAGAGUUAUUCUGGCGCUGGGCGAUAUCGCAACGCAGGUUGCACAAUACAAAAUGUUCUCGUCGUGGUUCCCUCCUAGCAAUGGUUUUGCCUCUACACUUGGACUCGAAUUAGCCAUGCGGAAGAUCGGCGGCUUUGUAGGUAAAUCGACAGCAAAUCCAAUUGCUAAAAACACCGGCAAUUUUGCCUGGGUAUAUUGGACGUCGGUAUUUAUGAACCUAUUUACCAAUGCCGCAACCGUUGUCUUCUGGCUCUACAGCCGCUACUGCAAUCGACACUAUCAGGGCCGACAGGACAAAGCGACCGGUGAAGUUCUGACCGAGAAGAACAAGAAGUUCGAGCUCAAGAAAAUAUUUCAACUUCCAUGGAUGUUCUGGUGUAUUCUGGCGUUCUCCCUAUUCCAAACAAGUGCUGCUCUGGUCUUCAGUCAGAAUGCGACCGAACUCGCAGAGAAACGGUUCAACGUAGACUCAAUCAAGGCUGGCUGGUAUAGUGCCUUAUCCCAGUACUCUGGUAAGUAA